GCACCAGCCACAAUUCCAGAACCAAGGAGCAGUGGACAGCGCCUCGGACAUGCAUUCAGUAAAGCCAGAAAACACAAUGCACACAGCGCCUUCACAGACUUAAACUCACAUCGUGUGCGCGCGUGUGUGUGUAGUGGUUACUAGUCAAACAACCGACAGGGGUGGUGAGCGGGGACCAUCAGCACAGCACAGCACACCGGAGACGUCAAUAAUGCACUCUACGGGCAGCUCGAGUUGACAGCACAGCACAGCCGAUUUCUUUCACAGGCACAGAAGUAAGGUUAUUCAAAGGAAGUAACGGAGUUCUACCUAGCUUAGCCACAUUCAGAGCAGUUAUCACCGUGUAUAACAUUGUUCGCGAUGAUGUAAAAACAAACACGCAAAUACUCUAUGCAUGACAUGAUCUCUUCUUGUGUUACCGAAUGAAGAUGCACCUAACAUUUAUCGAUGGACUGUAUGGCAGCCACCAUGAAACUCGUUCUGACAUUCUGCGUUCUCCUCGUAACUUUAAUAAAAAGAAGCAGCUCAGCAGAUGCAGAGGAGAGGCUGAUGAACAACCUGCUCUCCCAGGAACGAUACAACAAACUGAUCCGGCCAGCUGUUAACAGCACACAGCGGGUCUCCAUUCAGCUCCAGGUCUCGCUCGCACAGCUCAUCAGUGUGAAUGAAAGAGAGCAGAUCAUGACCACAAAUGUCUGGCUUAAUCAGGAGUGGGAUGAUUAUCGUCUGAGUUGGGACCCUUCGGAGUAUGAUGGAAUUGACAAAAUAAGGAUACCUUCUCGACACAUAUGGCUUCCUGAUAUAAUGCUGUACAACAAUGCGGAUGGCACAUAUGAGGUGUCUCUCUUCACGAAUACAGUGGUGCAGUUCAAUGGAAGUAUUUUCUGGCUCCCUCCUGCGAUUUACAAAAGCGCCUGCAAGAUUGAGGUCAAACACUUCCCGUUUGACCAGCAAAACUGCACCCUCAAGUUCCGCUCUUGGACUUACGACCAUACAGAGAUUGACCUAGUGCUGAAGAAUGAGGUGGCCAGAAUGGAUGACUUUACCCCAAGUGGGGAGUGGGACAUCGUAGCGCUUCCUGGACGGAGGAUCGUCAAUCCUCUGGAUCCUACCUAUGUAGAUGUCACCUAUGACUUCAUUAUUAAGAGGAAGCCCUUGUUUUACACCAUCAACCUUAUCAUCCCUUGUGUGCUCAUCACCUCUUUGGCCAUCCUGGUCUUCUACCUCCCCUCAGACUGUGGCGAGAAGAUGACCCUGUGCAUCUCAGUCCUUCUGGCCCUCACUGUCUUCCUGCUUCUGAUCUCUAAGAUUGUACCGCCCACUUCCUUGGAUGUCCCCUUGAUCGGGAAAUACUUGAUGUUCGCAAUGGUCUUGGUGACCUUCUCCAUCAUCACCAGUGUUUGUGUCCUCAACGUCCAUCACCGCUCCCCCAGCACUCACACCAUGCCAUCCUGGGUCAAAGUAGUCUUCAUGGUGAAGCUGCCUGCCUUACUAUUCAUGAAGCGCCCCGAGAACAGCUCAGCCAGACAGAGGCUUUGUCAGCAACAGAUGAGGCUUCGCAAGGCUGCACUGGCCGCCUCCCCUCAUAUUGCCUUCACUUCCAUCUGUUCCUCCUCUCCUGGACACUUCUACAAAAAUGCCACUUACUUUGUCAACCCUGCCAGGAAAGCAGAUAUACCGGAUAGCUUUUCAGGCCAGCAGGACCUCCGUCAACGUGGUUCAGCACGCUAUGGUCCUGAAGUCCUGGAGGCUGUCGAAGGGGUCCGGUUUGUUGCUGAUCAUAUGAGGGGAGACGAUGAUGAUAAAAGUGUGAUUGAAGACUGGAAAUAUGUGGCAAUGGUGGUGGAUCGGAUGUUUAUGUGGAUUUUUGUCUUUGUCUGUGUGGUGGGAACUCUUGGACUUUUCCUCCAACCUCUCUUUUAGAAUCACAUAGUGUGAUGAUCAGCCACCCUAAACUUCAUCUGCAACCAAACCCCCCCCCCCCCCCC